AUGGAAUUUAUGGAAGACGCCCUCAAAAACGCCCAAGAAGCCUUCGAACGCAAAGAAGUGCCCGUUGGGUGCGUCUUCAUCUACAAAAAUGAAAUAAUUGCGCGUGGCAGUAACGAAGUGAACGAAACAAAAAAUGCCACGCGUCAUGCCGAAAUGAUCUGCAUCGAUCUAGUCUUAAGUUAUUGUAAGAAAUUGAAUUUGGACCCGCAAGAGGUCUUUCGUGAAAUUGUCGUCGUUGUCACUGUCGAGCCAUGCAUCAUGUGUGCGGCGGCAUUGCACAAUCUUAGUGUUAAGGAAAUCGUGUUUGGGUGCAAGAAUGACCGAUUUGGCGGAACAACCGUCGUUAAUGUCUUUGAAUUACUACAAUCUAGUGUGAAAAUUGUGGGCGGCGUUCGCGAUACCGAAGCAAUGGAUUUAUUGAAAGAAUUUUAUAAAGGGGAGAACCCAUCGGCGCCGCUGCCCAAAACUAAGAGAAAAGUUUAAAUAAAUCAUAUUUUUUGAUAUUAAUAAGUAAGGAAACUCGAUUUUUUAAUU